GAUUGGCUGCAGCUCGGGCCGGACGGACGGAAACCGGACUGCGGGGCCGGAGCGUGUGAUGGUCGGUAGAGCGGGGACAGAAGAGUCGGUAAACACGAAGCACCGGAGACACCGGGACCCGCCGCCAGGUGCACGAGCAGCACGUCCACAGUUUUCACGAUGAUCCGUCCGAUGCUGAUGUGUUUCGUCCUCUGCGUCGUCUACGGCAGCAGCAAACCCACCGAGAAGAAAAGUCGAGUUCACCACGAAGAACCUCUGAGCAACCUGGAGCACGACGACGACAAGAACAAUGACUAUGACCACGAAGCUUUCCUGGGCCAAGAUGAGGCCAAAACCUUCGACAAUCUGCCCCCGGAGGAGAGCAAACGGAGACUCGGAAUCAUCGUGGAUAAAAUCGACGGCGACCAGGACGGCUUCGUCUCUGAAGACGAGCUGAAGGUUUGGAUCAAAAACGCCCAGAAGAAGCACAUCUACGACAGCGUGGAACAUCAGUGGAAUGACUUUGACCUGAACGCCGACGGCCGGAUCAGCUGGGAGGAGUACAAGAAUGUCACAUACGGCAGUUAUCUAGACGACCCUCAGGCGGACUCGGAGUACAACUACAUGCUCAUGAUGGCGAGGGACGAGAGACGCUUCAAAGUCGCCGACAGGAAUGGAGAUUUGAUCGCAGACAAGCAGGAGUUCACGGCAUUCCUUCAUCCUGAAGAUCACGAACACAUGAAGAAUGUUGUGGUUCAGGAAACGAUCGAAGACAUCGACAAGAACGGAGACGGUUUCAUCAACCUGAAGGAGUACAUCGGCGACAUGUACACCGCCGAGGAGGGAGAAGAAGAACCUGACUGGGUGGCGACGGAACGUCAGCAGUUCGCAGAGUUCAGAGACAAAAACAACGACGGGAAGAUGGACAGAGAGGAAACUCUGGACUGGAUCCUUCCGGCCGACUAUGACCACGCCGAGGCCGAAGCCAAACACCUGCUGCACGAGUCCGACGCCAACAAGGACGGAAAGCUGAGCAAGAAGGAGAUCCUGGACAAGUAUGACGUGUUUGUGGGCAGCCAGGUGACGGACUUCGGCGAGGCUUUACUGCGACACGACGAGUUCUAGACGGAACAAGUGACCUUUUUGGAGAAUAAUUUAUUUAGUGAAACCUCCAGAAGAGAAAAGUCGCAGUUUGUUUUGAGGUUUAACUUGAAGACUUUUGUUACUGUCGGGUUGUUUUUGUAAAAUUUUAAAUUUUUUUUAAAUAUUUCGUCCAUUUUUAAAAAGUGUUUUUUACUAAUUUCCCGUCGUUUGGGUGAAACUUUAUUUAUCAUUUUCUGUUUAAAUUUGACUCAGCUGGAUGCUAAAGACACAUUUCAGCCCAAAUAAGUGCAAAAAAAAGACUAAAGAGGUUUUAAUUUUCUAGAAAGCCCCAAUAAGAACCGAUGCACUAAAGAAAACAAUCAGAUUUUUUUGACAUUUUCUACUGAAAUUCUGUUGAAACACCAAACGGUUUUACUCUACGAUUGAAGAUACUUUAAACUUUUAACAUUAAUUACGUAAAUAAAUGUUUCGAUAAAGGUGGGAACUUGAAAUCUUGACCUCAAGGUGAAGAAUGUUUAACUUGAAUUUAGUUCAAAUUGACUAAAAGUUGAUCAAACUUUAUUAUUUCAACCAUUGGAAUAAAGUUUACGACCUAAAAGUUUGAUCUAGAACCGUAAAUUUGAGGAUUUUUUUAAUCUUUUGGCGGGUUCUUCUGACAAAGUUCUGCUUUGUCUGUUUGCAGGAAGUUCUUCUUGGAGGUGAAAGACGUUCUAAAAAUGCUUGGGGAGAACAUUGUUCUAAAAAUUGAAUGUUGCACCGAGAACGUUCUACCUUUCUUAUUAUGGAACGUUUUAUUGAUUCUGUAAUGUGUUCCCCAAAACAUCCUGAGAACACAGUAGGUAGAGCAUUCCAUGUUUGUUAAUAGUUCACAUUAUAGAACCAUCUGACGAAGAACGUUGUGUUAUCUGAGGUCUUGAUAACAUCUGGAAAACAUCUUCUGAAUGUUGCAUUGAGAACAUCCUUCUUUUGUUAUUGUUGUGGAAACGUCUUCUAGCAGAAUGUUCUAUCAUGUGUUCCUUCAACAAAUAGUCAAAAUGCUCUAAUGUUGUUAUAUCUCAUUAGAGGAACGUCUUAUGAAGAAUGUUCUGCCAUCUGAGGUCUUGAUAACAUCUUGAAAAUGUUUACUGAAUGUUGCAUUGAGAACAUCCUUCCUUUGUUACUGUUUGGGAAGAACGUUCUAUGAUGUGUUCCUUCAGCUAAAAGGCAAAAUGUUCUACUGUUAUUAUUUCUCAUUACAGGAACAUUUUUAUAUGUUCUGUACAAAAUAACUUUUGUGGUCUGAGGCCUUGAGAACAUAUGGAAACAUUUUUUAACUGCUGGUUGGAGAACAUCCUUCCUUUGUUGUCGUGGAACAUUAUGAGAACGUUUUGUAGAUGAACGUUCUAUAGUGUGUUCCUCAACAGCAUCCCUAUAACAUUUUCAGAACAUUGCAGUGAGAAUGUUCCACCACCUUUGUUAAUAUAUCACAUUACAGGAACGUCUUAUAAAGAACGUUCUGUCAUCUGAGGUCUUGAUAACAUGUUGAGAAAGGUUUUCUGAAUGUUGUAUUGAGAACAUCUUUCUUUUAUCAUUGUGAGAGUGUUUUAUAGAAAACAUUUUAUGAUGUGUUCCUUCAAUUAAAAGGAAAAAUGUUCUUAUAUCGCAUUACAGGAAUGUUUUUAAACGUUCUGUAUAAAAUAUAUUCCGCCUUCUGAAGCCUUGGGAACAUCUGGAGAACAUUUUUUUUUUUAAGUGUUGGUUUGAAAACAUUCUUCCUUUGUUGUUGUGGAACAUUGUGAGAAUGUUUUGCAAAGGAACAUUGUAUAAUGUGUUCCUCAGCAACAUCCUCAGAACAUCAUAGGAAGGAAGUUCCACCUUUGUUAAUGUAUCACAUUAUAAGAACAUCUUAUAAAGAACGUUCUGUCAUCUGAGGCCUUGAAUAUUAGUUUGAGAACGUUCUUUCUUUGUAGUUUUGGAACAUUGUGAGAAUGUUUUGUUGGAUUAGAAGAACAUUCUAUAAUCAACAUCCCUAAAACAUCUUCAGAACAUUGUAGGCAGAAUGUUCCACCUUAGUUAAUAUCACAUUAUAGGAACAUUUUAUAAAAAAUCAUCUGAGGUCUUGACAACAUCUGGAGAACUGUUCUUGAAUGUUGCUUGGUUUUUGUAGAGCAUUGUCUGUGUUCCUGAAUGUUGAAGUUAAAACGUUCUACUAACUUUACAGGAACAUUAUUGAAAAUAAAAACGUUGUUUGGA